AUGGAGUUUAUUUAUACAAGAGUCGAACCCGCGAGAAGAACAAGGUCCGUUUCGUUUGUGAUAAGGUCACUAAUACUCGAAGUCGGAGGAGGAAUUAAGUUGUUUGCUGCAGUUUUGUUUGCGAAAGUCUGGAUAGCUUACGAUAUCAACAGCAUCCCGAGCAGCAAUGGCCAAGAUAUCGGCACAAGAGACCAUUCCCGGGCAUUUGGUCUCUACCUCCGACUUGAUUUGGUCGAUUACUUCAAGUUUUCUAAUGGAGUUCUUAUUGGGCGUCGCGGAUUGCUCUCCCGUGAAAGUCGAUGUGUGACGGAGCAAGAUUGUCCACAAUUGCUGUUCUACGGGCCGUCUGGCUCGGUUGAGAAAACCCUAAUAAUGGCUCGUCUUAGGCAAAUUUUUUGUCCCAACGUCGAAAAGGUGAAAAUGGAAAACAAGAACUGGAAAAUUGAUGCUGGGAGUAGAACGAUUGAUGUUGAACUCACAACUUUGUCAAGCACACACUAUAUUGAACUGCGCCCUAGUGAUGCAGGAUUACAGGAUUGCUAUGUGUUUUUCCUGAUCUCUCCAUUCGAUCCGGUCAACGGAUUCAUAUUCCCCAUUUUGACCAUCGCCUUUGCGAAAUCCAUGGCAAACGCAGUGGUAGGUGACAACAUGUUUAGCGGUGCUCGAGUUACCGUUGUACAAUUCUUGGUCCGAGUGAAGGAGCCCCUUGUUGUAAAAGAGGUCAACCUCCCGGCAUCUAACGGCGCCAGGUUGUUGUCAUUCGAUCCGGAGGCUGACGGGCAUAUGGACUUUAGGCUAUUCGCAAACGUCGUGUCCACAUUGCUGUCGUUGUAUAUGUGGGCCCGGAAGCUGACACAUCUUGCUUGCCCGAUUAGGGUGACGAGGUCGUGGACUGAAAGCCCGUGUGCCUUGAAAUUCAUGAUAAGGGUAGUGAGGUUUGAUUGUGGAGAAGGAAGGCCGGAAGGAAGGCUACUGUUCGCUAAACUGAACGGCAAUGGCCAAGAUAUCGGCACAAGAGACCACGCCCGGGCACUUUUUCUCCACAGCUUCCUUGAUGUGGUCAAUGACAUCAUAUCCUCUGAGGGAGUGUUUGUUGGGGCCCGCGUUCUUCUCUCCCUUGAGAGUCGGAGGGAGGCUCCCAUCCGAGCCUGGUUCUUAAUCGCACGAGCCACGACAUUUCUCACGAUAUCAGUAAGGUUGGGGCAAGCUAUCGAGUAA